ACAUAUUCAAAUCGGGAGAUCGGUUUUCACCACUAAGCCAUUAACACCAGGCGCGCUGUGUCCUUUGAAUCCUAUAAACCCGUAAACAUAUUUGACAACGCAAAUAAGUAUCGAAAAGCGAGAGUAUCUGUGAUACGUGACUUGAGCGAACAUUAUCUACCGGAAAAUGAGUUCCUCAAACGAAGAGUUCGCAGUUUCUGACAACGCUUCUCAAACUCAGUUGAUGUCUUCAAAUUUUGAAGAUGGCGACGAUAAACUCAAGCCACUGGACACAGACGAUAAGAUGCCAGAAUCGCAAGUGGAAAUAAACAAAGAUCCAGCCCAACCGCAAAGUGCUGACGGGCCCAGUGACGGCCUACCUGGCCCACAACAGGCUACGUGUUCGGAAGAUGUACCCGGCGGUGUUCAUGAUCAGCAAAAAUCCCAACCAAUAUUAUCAGACACGAAGAAGUACGAGCUUAUCCAGGAACAGUUGCAGUUAUACCUGCAUGCACAGAGAUGCCAGCUUCGGGAGAAUAUACUUGAUGAGCGGAAGUGCAACCUGCCCCACUGCAAAAUCAUAAAAAACGUAUUGAUUCACAUGUCGAACUGUCAGGCAGGAAAGGACUGCACAGUUGCCCAUUGCUAUUCAGCUCGCCAGAUCAUCGGCCAUUGGAAGUACUGUGCGACAAAAAGCUGCCCGAUUUGUCUGCCGCGCAAGCGCAAUUCUACGUUCAAUCUCGUUGGCGUCAAUCCUACUUCACCCGAUAUUCAGAGGACUCCGAGUUUUGCGGACAUAAAAAGAGCUUACGACGCGAUCGUUAUCGCUGUACCAUCAACAAGCGGUGCUGCCGGUGUAGCUGCAACCGCCGCUACAGGUAAUACUCAGCAGGAUUACGAUAUUAGAUACCUUCAGUUACCCGGCUGUCAACCUGGUCACCUCGACCCGACGUUCGUCCAAGCCACCAAGGAGUGGCAGCGAACAUUCAGCUCCGAUCUCAGAAGUCGUCUUGUAUACAAACUGCUCAUAGCGAUAUUCCCCAAUCCCAGUCCUGAAACUUUCGCAGAUCCGAGAAUAUUGGGUGUAAUGGAAUGCGCCAGGAACUUCGAAGUUGACGCGUAUAAAGUUGCCAAUUCAAGAUCGCAGUAUUACCACCGUCUAGCCUAUCAUAUUCUCAGAAUAAGAAAAGACAUUAAUGAGCAGCAGAGAAGACGCAUCGAAAGGUUGCAACUACAGCAGCAGCAAUUAAGCACAUCCUCCGGCACAACGACUGUCUGAUUUUUAUUAUUUAUUAUAGCCACAGAUCUGUAUUAAUCACCAAAAUAUCCACGCGUUUCACAUUUUAUAUCAUCUGCUUUAAUAGAUUUUAUUUUUUCUGACAA